AGGCGUCAACAUCGGAAACAAUAAACGCCAAUGAUAGCCUAACCGUGGCUUGCUAUCAUGGCUUUGUAUUUAUCUCGUUUAAUAUUAUUUUGUGUGACGCUGCCAAUAUUGUACUCGUACGGGCAACAGAGCAACAAUGUCUUGCGCGGUAACAGCCCGUUCUACGAGGAAGCGGAUGACUACCUGAAGCAGCAGCGAUCGUCGAGCGGUAUAGACGACAUCUUCCUGCGGACGGGCGGUGACCGUAAGAAUAUUGAUGACUACUUCUGUCCGGAGUACUGGACUGCGUUUCGCAGCACCUGCCUGCGCGUGCACAAGUCACCGCGGAAGAGCUGGUUCAACGCGCAGAAAAUCUGCCAGGCAUACCAGGGCGAUCUCGUCAGUGUUGACACAAUCGAGAAGCACUCGUUCGUCGUAAAGCUGCUGGACCAGGAUGUAAGCAAGCAGAAUCGCUACUACAUCUCGGCGCGUCAAGUGUCGCCCGGCAACUGGGUUAACGCGGACAAGAGCCAGCUGAUUGCAAUCGAGGACGCGAUCAACUACGAGGAAAGCAUUGAAGCGAGCGAUGAGUUUCAGUCGUACUUCGAAGGCAGCAAGAACGUGAUCGAGAAAGACGACCAGGAUGAUCCGCGACGGUUCUACCAGUCUGAUCGCUACCGAAACCGCAACUACCUACUGCUCGGCUUUAACGGCCACAAAGAGAAGUGGCAGUUUCAUCCGGUGUCCGGGGAGGAUCAAUUUCUCUUCAUCUGCGAGUCGCGGAAUCUGUACAGCGCGGACAAUAUGAAAACGCUCCUAGAGGACCAGCGGCAGUACGACUAUGGGCUCGAGCAAACCGACCUCGAGAAGAUCCCGCGUGGACCGUACUUCAUUAGGCAGCCAGUGGAUACGACCUACGACACGGGAAAGUUCAAGAUAACGAAGGACGUUACUAUGAGUUGUUUGGCCGGCGGGUAUCCCACGCCCAAAUACACCUGGUACAAGGAAGAGUACGUGAAGGAUAACCUGACGGUCAUACCGAUUGAUCCGCUGAAAAACGCCCGCCAUACGGUGAGCGGCGGCAAUCUGAUCAUCCACAACCCGUCGCAGAAUCUCGAUCAAGGAACAUAUCAUUGCACCGCGCAAAACAUCUACGGUAAAAUCAUUUCCGAAAGUGUGCAGCUCAACUUUGGCUACAUCCUCGAGUUCAACCUACAGCGAGCAUCGGAAAAGGGCGAGGAAAACUGGGGUAAGGCGCUAGUAUGCGAAGAACCACAGCACUAUCCGGACGUGAAAUACUACUGGUCGCGCAACUACUUCCCGAACUUUGUGUACGAGGAUCAGCGCGUGUUCGUUAGCCACGACGGUUCGCUGUACUUCAGCUCGCUGGAGGUGAUGGACCGCGCGAACUACUCCUGCACGGUGAUGAGCACCGUCAGCGACACUGGCCGAAAUGGUCCGUUCUUCGAGCUGUGGGUUUCACCGUCACCGCACUACCAGGAUCUCAUCUUUGCCAACUCAUUCCCGAAGGCGUUCCCGAAAGUGCCGUUGGCGGGCAAGGACGUACGACUCGAGUGUAUGACGUACGGCUACCCGGUUGCGUCGUACAACUGGACGCGCCGGAACGGCCAGCUGCCGCGUCUGGCAAAACUGGAGAACUACAAUCGCGUGCUGCUCAUACAGAACGCCACCGUGAAUGACAACGGCGAGUACCUGUGCACCGCGAAGAACGGCAAAAAGUCGAUCAUGCAGAGCAUCUUCCUCAAUGUACAGAUGGAACCGAACUUCACGAUUCCGUUGCGCGAUCGGACGAAAGAUUUCCAAAGCACCGUCUCGUUCCUGUGCGAAGCGUUCGCGAUGCCGGACGUCAACUACACCUGGUACAAGAACGGCGAGCUGAUGGCGGAGGAUGGCCAGGACGCGAGAUUCAACAAGGAUAAGUACACCAUACAGGACAAUCUGCUGAAGAUAAACUAUCUCGAACCGGAGGAGGACAACGGGAUGUACCAGUGUAAGGCGACAAACCAGCUAAAGGGUGUGUACUCGGCGGCACAGCUGCGCGUGCUCAGCAUGAAGCCGUCGUUCAAGAAGCGCCCGCUCGAGUCGGAAAUCUACAGCAUUGCCAAUGGCAACACGACCAUCCAUUGCGAACCGGAGGCGGCUCCGACGCCGAAGAUCGUCUGGAAGAAGGACGGCAACGUGAUCGGUGCGGGUGGCCACCGGAAGAUACAUCCUGGAACGGGGACGCUCUUCAUUUCACCGACGUCGCGUGACGACGAGGGUACGUACACCUGCGUCGCGACCAACACCCAAGGCAUGGCCGAGUCGAAGGCGCGACUGAUCGUGCUGCAGGAGCUGCGCUUCACCGAGCAGCUGCCCAGUAAGCUGAUCAAACAGAUCGGCGAGCUACUAUUCCUGCGUUGUGAGGUCACCUACGACCAGCUGCUGGACGUGGCCUUCAUCUGGACGCACAACGGGCAGCUGCUGAACGACUACGGGCACGAGUUCGAACAGGUCGCGUCCGGUUCGGUGGAGGGCAAUCGCAUCCGCAUCCACUACAACACGCUCGAGGUGCACAACAUCACCCUGGUGGACGGCGGCGAGUACGAGUGUAUUGCCAAAUCGUCGGUCAACCGUAUCGUGUCGCGCUCGACGGUGCUCAUCCAGGGUCCACCGGGAGCACCCGGUGCGGUCAAGGUGCUCGACAUCAAGCGCACCGAGGCGCUGCUCGAAUGGACCAACGGCAACGACAAUGGUCGCCCGAUCCUGUUCUACAACAUCCUCGGCCGCACGACCUGGAACCGCACCUGGGUGAACGUGACGACGAACGUGGUGGCGCAGGAGGCCGACCGCUACAACGGACGCCGACAGGCCACCGUCACCAACCUGACGCCCUGGUGCAGCUACGAGUUUGCCGUAGUCGCCGUCAACGAUCUUGGCAUCGGUACGCCCAGUCUUCCAUCGCCCGUCUACAGCACGCAGAAGGACCGCCCGUACCUUGCACCGCGCAACGUUGGCGGUGGUGGCGGCAAGAUCGGUGAUCUCACCAUCACCUGGGACCCGCUGCGUCCCGACGAGCAGAACAGCAUCGAUGUGCACUACAAGGUGUUCUACCGAUUGUACGGGCAGCGCGAGUGGGCCAGCGAGGAGCUGAAGCGCCAGGGCAACUCGGGCAAAGCCGUCAUCCACGUGUCGGUCGACAAAUACUACACGCGCUACGAGGUGAAGGUGCAGGCCAUCAACGAUCUUGGCGAGGGACCAAUCAGCGACCCAGUCGAGAUCUACUCGGCCGAGGACAUGCCUCAGGUUGCGCCACAGCAGACUAUAGCCCGCAGCUACAACUCUACCGCACUGAACGUCACCUGGCAGGCGGUAUCGCAGAACCGCGAGACCAUCCGUGGCAAGCUAAUCGGACACCGGCUGAAGUACUGGAAAAAGGAACACAACGAGGAGGACUCCGUGUACUACCUAUCGCGUACCACCCGCCCUUGGGCGCUGAUCGUUGGCCUCGAGCCGGACACCUACUACUACGUGAAGGUGAUGGCGUACAAUGCGGCGGGCGAGGGACCGGAAAGUGAGCGCUAUCUCGAGCGUACCUACCGCAAGGCGCCACAGAAACCGCCGUCCUCGGUCGACAUUUUCGGCAUCAACCCGUCGACGAUUCGCGUUACUUGGCGGUACAUUGCGCCGUCCCAGGACGAGGAGCCGGUACAGGGCUACAAGAUACGCAUCUGGGAGAAGGAUCAGGACAUGUCGAGCGCCAACGACACGGUCGUGCCGAUCGGCAAAAAGCUGGAGAAGUACAUCGAUAAUCUCACACCUGGAAAAUCAUACAACCUGCGUGUGCUUGCCUUCAGUAACGGUGGCGACGGUCGAAUGUCCAGUCCGCCUAUACAGUUUCAAAUGGGCAUCACCCAAUCGCCCUUGAACAAUUCCAACAAGAUGUCCAUUCCAAUAGUAUUACUAGUAGUAUUGAGUGUAUUAUGUUAUGUGUCGACUAGCCAGACAUAUACGCUCUAAACACACUGCACCCCAUUAGUGCAGAAACUGUCCGUCGGAUCUGAUGCUGGUGAAUCUGUUUACUACACCUUGUUCGUCCAGUUAGUUCUUUACAUUUUUUUUUUGUUUCCACCGAUAGUAGUUAGGAAGGAAAAUUGCCAGCGAAUCUCAGCGCGAGGAAAAGUGUUAUCGACGUGAAACGUGUUUGACGUUAAGCAGGCGUAUGCAUACCGAACAGAUGCACGGAACGAAGGUACAAUAAGAUAGAGCAGCAUGAAAAGAGAAGGUAGUAGCCUGAAGGGAAAUGGCGUAGCAGAGAAUAGCAGAUUAAGUAUUUACGACAUUUUAUCAACAUCCGUCCUUAGACAUGUAAGAGGAACAACAAGCACGAAUCCGUCCUUUAGAGAAGAUUGAGCCAUGUAUAGUGAAAGGAAACGUUUACAAACAAAUUCUAAAAUAAAGAUAAUAAAAACUAAA